AUGGCUUCUGUCGCCCGUCUCAGCAACGCUGCCCUGCGGGCUUCUCUCCGCUCUUCUCCUAUCAAUGGCUCUGUCUUCAACGCCGUUCGAUGCUAUUCGGCCAAGACUCAGACCUUGAAGGAGCGAUUCGCCGAGUUGCUGCCCGAGAAGAUUGAGCAGGUCAAGGCCCUCCGAAAGUCAGUCGCAUUCUCCUCUCUCGGUUCAUUGCUUGUCGAGCUAGGGCCCACGCCGAGCCUCAAGCUUGCAAUCGACGGCAGAACCACCGGCAGUUGA